GUGCUGUUUGCGUUCAGUAAGGAAUCGGUGCUCGAGUUCGCUGUAUGACAUUUGUUUUUCUCCAAAGAUUCAAUGAAAUUAGUUAUUAGUUUUCUUAUAUACAGUGUAGUAGCAUCAACGGUAAAAACGCAGAGAAUAUACCAUCCAACAUGUUCCGAAAUUGGAUUAAAAGCUUUCAAUUAUGUCUACGUGAAUCCAAAACUUAAAUGGGUAGGAUUGGGUUGGCUCUGGACAACCUAUGCCCAUAGAUUGCACAACAUCACAAUAGACGUAGAUUUUGCGACAGCAAAGUUAUCAAAUACUACAUAUUUGGGCUCACUUAAAAUUAUUUCAUUUCAUCGUGUUAAAAAUUUUGAAUAUGAAAAUGAAUGGUAUUUGGUUUAUGAAGUUAAAUUUCCGAUUCAAAAUCCAUUGCCAGACGUCACAAAACUGGUUUUAAAUGAUGAAUUAUUGUGUGAUGAUUCAGCAAAGGAGUUCACAACUAAGAAACCGGAAUUAGUUAAAUUGCAUUUAGAAUAUAAUGAUUUUACGAAGGAGCAAAGUUUCACAUCCGAACACAUCAUUAGUUUCCCAGGAGCAAACAAUUCUUUAUCGCAGGGCAGCGACGACAGUGAAUAUGUUGGCUGCGGAAAAAUAGACAAGAGUAAUCUUUUUGUUCCACUGGUCCAUGGAGGAACAACGAUCCAGAGAGGAACCUGGCCAUGGCUAGUAUCAGUAUACUCUUAUAGUGACAUCAGACUAGGAUUCAGAUGUGGAGCUACUCUUAUAUCACAUAAAUUGGUAGUAACUGCUGCCCAUUGCUUCUUCGAUAUCCACAAUAGACCAGUCAAGACAGAAGAUGUCUUAGUUAUUCUUGGACAAUAUAAUCUGAAGAGACCUCAAGAUACAGGUUCUGAAAUUCUGUAUCCUAAAAGUGUCAACAUACAUCCGAAUUAUAGGAAACGUACCUCAAUUGAUUCCGAUAUCGCAGUUGUAGUGUUAGCAGAUAAUGUACGUUUUACAACCUACGUCCGGCCGGCGUGUUUGUGGGUUGAAAACGACUCCAAGGAUAAUAUUGUAGGAGAAGUAGGAAUAACAGCUGGAUGGGGUCGAGAUGAAAAUGGAAAGUUCUACACAGAAUUGCCAAAACAAGCAGAAGUUCCUGUGGUGUCUGAUGAAGCAUGCAUUGAUUCUAAUGAUGUUUUUUCAAAACUUAUAUCUGAAGUAACAUUCUGUGCAGGAUGGCGCAAUGGUACUGAAGGACCCUGCAAUGGUGAUUCAGGAGGACCCCUCCUAUUUCAAAGAAAGGGUCGAUGGACACUUAGGGGUGUUGUUUCAACAGCUCUUUAUAUUGAAAAUACUAAUAUUUGUAACCUCAAUGAAUAUGUAGUAUUUACAGAUGUAUCAAAAUUCAGAAACUGGAUCAUGUCUUUUUCAGAUCAAUUGAUUUUAUAAAUUAUAUAAUAAAGUUUAUAAAUAAAAAGGGCAAAUGUUUGUUGAACUUAA